AUGCCACCACUGCUACCACGAGCGCUUGGAAGGCAAAAAUGCCAAUAUUGCCACAAAGAAAACAGCAAACGUUUCCCACUCAAAACGUGUGCACAAUGCCAACGCUCUUCGUACUGCUCGCGGGAGUGUCAAAAGAAAGAUUGGCGUGAACACAAGGAGCUCUGCGGGCGUCUAAAGGAGCAAAUCGACUUGCUGAAUCAGGCGUCUAAUGAAUCACCCACCAUCUACGGACUGACUUUAAGCGAUACGGCAAGUAAAAUUAAAAAAUGGUCACAGCAUUAUUCAGUGUUGCUUGCUCAUUCCUAUACUGAAGCGCUCAAGUUAUGGCAUGGCGCACCGAAUGCAUACCAAACCCACCUUCUCGUAGUAUAUGUGGUACCCAAAUUUACCAAACUGAAUGCCCCACAGAAAACCAAGGACAUCUGGACAGCGUUUGGCGUCGCGGACGCAGUAGUGGUCCCCAUUGCCGAAAUCAUCGAGAUUAAUCCUGAGAUGGCAUAUAGCAUCAAAAUGAUCUCCGAAAUGGACAAGACCCCUGAGGCACGACGUGGGCCACUCGCUCUCGUAUACAUUGCUAUGCCGGAGUUUGAUAUGUGUAUGAUGGCCCCGUUAGGUCUUAGUCCCCCACCAAAGAACCUUCCACCUUGGGAUGAUCAUUGGAAGACUCGCUUGCAAAGAAUGGUGGAUUUGGGUGUUGCGGAAUCACCGGUGUGCGAAGACUGCAAUCGGAAACUGUGUAACCAGAUGCAACUGCCGUAUCGAACAAUUGGGUAUGCAAAAUGCAAGAAGCAUACUCCCGUGCCGCAAUAA